AUGCGAACAUCUCUGCUCGCGGCAUCCUUUGUGCUGUACUUUAACGCGUCUCUUGCUCUGCCGGGGGAGCGCAGACAAGCAACCAACUCAACCUGGUCCGGCCCUCUUGCGAACGGUGGUAGUGCAUGGAAACAUGCCUUCGCCAAGGCAAAGGAGGUAGUUUCUAAGAUGACACUCGAAGAGAAGGUAAAUAUAACGACCGGAAUUGGGUCGAGCAGCACAUGUGCUGGUAACACCGGCGCCGUUCCCCGACUUAACAUUCCUACCUUCUGCCUACAAGACGGCCCUGCAGGCGUUCGCCCUGCAGAUUUUGCCUCCCAAUUUCCUGCUCAGGUAACAGUCGCCGCAACAUGGGACCGCGACCUCAUAUACGACAGAGCCGUAGCAAUAGCAGACGAAUUCAGAGGGAAAGGCGUUCAUGUUGCGCUAGCUCCCGUUACCGGCGGCCCUCUUGGCCGCUCGCCAUUGGGUGGCCGCAACUGGGAAGGCUUCAGUGCAGACCCUUAUCUCUCAAGCAUCGGGUCGUACAUUACAGUCAAGGGGAUACAAGAUAGGGGAGUUGUAGCGACGAGCAAGCAUUACUCACUGUAUGAACAAGAGACAUAUCGAAACCAGAAACUGCUUCCCCCUCGUUAUAACGGCACCUACCAUCCCCUUCCAAUUUCUUCAGACGUUGAUGAUGUAGGCCACCUUCCACGAAACAUACCUGUUGUCGUUUGUCGAGGCUUUCGUGCUGGAACAGGUUCCAUUAUGUGUUCCUACAACCGUGUCAAUGGCUCUCAUGGGUGCGAAGACGAUGUCACUCUCAACCAGGUCCUCAAGGGAGAGCUCGACUAUCAGGGCUAUGUCAUGUCUGACUGGUAUGCUCACUGGACAAACGAAGGCGCUGCGCUGGGUGGUAUGGACAUGACCAUGCCAGGCACUGGCUUCUGGGGGGCCGACCUUGUGGCACUGGUGAAGAACGGGACUGACAAAGGCUUUCCUUCGCUACAAUACAACACCAGCGGCAUUGGAUCCCAGACAUACCUUGCACUCAAUCCGGGAAACACGAACGUAAAUGUUCAAGCUGAUCACUACAAACUCAUUCGGAAAAUUGGGGAGGAGAGUGCGACUCUGCUGAAGAACACGCGCACUCACGGAGGGGGGAUUCCUUUGAAAAAGUCCAAGUGUACCGCCGACCAUGCUAACAACGGUACCAGUAGUAUUGGUGGUGGCUCUGGAGCUGCAUAUGCUCCAUACAUCGUCACUCCACUAGAGGGCAUUCAAUCUAGGACAUCGGCAAACGAAACUCAAGUUAACUGGUUGCUCAACGACUGGGAUUUGGGGACGGCAAAGACGAGCGCGAAAAUUGCCGAUACUUCCAUUGUUUUCACGUAUGCGUAUCAAACAGAAAGUCGUGAUCGGGAUAACCUGACCGCUUGGAGUAACGGAGACAACUUGAUCAAAACAGUUGCGGCUGAAUGUAACAACACUAUUGUCGUAGUCCAUUCUGGCCAGCAAAUUUUGAUGGACGACUGGAUUGAACAUCCCAACAUUACUGCCGUGAUUUUUGCCUAUUAUCCAGGUCAAGAAACCGGAAACGCCAUUGCAAGUAUUCUCUUCGGAGAAGUUAAUCCCUCGGGCAAGGUCAGUCCUAAGACUUCGUUUCUCCCCUUCACAAUUGCUAAAUCCGCUUCCGACUAUCCCCCCAAUGGUAUUUUUACCGAGAAUGUUACGGACCCACAUAUUGUCUUUGAAGAAGGCAACCUCAUCGACUAUCGAUGGUUCGACGCCAAAAAUAUCACGCCACGCUUUGAGUUCGGGUUUGGCCUCAGCCUUACAACUUUCAAUUACAGCAACCUCAAGAUCCGAUCCACUCCUGGAAAUCCUAUCGAUGGUAUUCAACUCACCAAGGAACCCUUCGAUGGUAGUGGCACUCUUUACGACAUUGCAUACACUGUGACGGCAACGGUGAAGAACACCGGCUCCAUUAAUGGAUGCGAGGUCACGCAGCUGUAUCUAUCUUACCCCUCCACACAAACCAGCCAGCCCUUGCGUUCCUUGCGUGGCUUUGAUAAACUGUGCUUAAAUAGAGGGGAAUCCAAGACCACGAGCUUCAAGCUGCGGCAAAAAGAUUAUGCGGUGUGGGAUGUGGUGCGUCAGACAUGGACCAUUCCAAAGGGAGAAUUCACAGUGCACGUGGGGUCGAGUAGUCGCGUUCUCCCAUUGAAGUCUAUGUUCAACGUAUAG